UGUUGUGCCCUUAAACUGCAUGUCGCCUGUAUUUCGUUUCGCAUAAGACUUUCCUCGCGUACUCUUCGUCAUUGCCGUCAUUCCGCGCGCUCUUGGUACUUCCCUUGACUCGUCCGUGCCGGGGCAACUUCACUGUCAGCUCCUGAUUGAAGGGCAAUUUUUCGAAAUGGCCCCCAGUGUGGAAUCCCCCAGCAUCUUUGACGACGCCACCCGAGGCCCUUCCAAGCCCUCAGUUCUGCGAGCAUUCUGGUCCCCGAAAUCUCACAAACGAAACUCCUCCGCUGAUGACGCUUUUCCCUCCAAGGCUCUUCAGAGAAGCCAGCCCUUCGAUGGGUCCACUACACCGCCUGAUGGUGAUGGUGGGGUCUAUGAGUCUUUCAACCAACAACCGCUUGCAGAGAUAGCCCCAAAUCGGGAAUCAGCAGACAUAAGCUCGGGCCAGAGGUCGCCCGGAAAGCAAGGAAAGAACAUACUGCACAAGAAGACCAAGAGUGCGGUCUCCCUGAAGUCCCUCAAAAACUAUAUGGAGCGCAAAGACCCCAAGCCAGAAGAGGGCCCCGAAGUCGACGCCGAGAAUUUGAGGCCGAAAAAAGCAAAGUCGGCCAACAGUCUCUCUGCUAUUCUGCGAAGAUCGCAACGCGGAAACAAGACGGAUGGUUCGAAGAGCGCUAGGGAUAAGGAGAAUCGCAGUCCAGACAGCAUGCCCACUCCCAUCUGGGAUCACUUUGUGCCCCCUUCAAACUCCGACCACGCCGGACUGUCUCCGGUCCCGAUCAAAAAUAAGGUGGCGCAAGAAGAAAAGUCUCACUGUACCCCUAGGGCAUAUGGACCGACACAUCAACCGAAUUUUUGGGACUUUGACCAGCAACCCCCUCUCACGCCUCGUACACCACGGACCGAACCCAAGCCACGGCCAAAAUCGGACUACCUCGCUGGCAGCCGCAGGAUCAAAGAAGUCUUGUCCCCUUUACAGGUCCUCUCGUCGGACAAAACGGCUACCACUGACGCUCAUGCUUCAUCACCAAGCAAGCGAUUCGGAAGGCCUCGAGCGUUGUCACGGCCAGAGAAGGGCGAAAAAACCGAACUUGCGAGAGAGCAGAACCCAAAGGUCUCGCGUGUUCAGGCUGCCAUUUCCGCGCUGAAUGCGAAGGAACAGGAGGCUGACUUGCGGAAACGUCUGAACCCCAAGGAACUGGACACUGAAUUCGAGAAGUUACUGGAUGCGCGAAAUAUCCCUCAUAACAUGAGGGACAAGAUGCGCUCGUUGGACACCAACAUCAAAGCGGAUUUCAUUCUGAAAGAUCGAACGGAGAACACGACACCACAUAGUGGCAGCGGCAGCGCGAACGACAGCACGGGUCGCCGGGGGCGCAGAAAGGAGCCCAAAGAAGAGCAGCAGAACUACGACAGUAAAGGUUCACGUUCCCGAUCCAGAAGUCGUGGGUUCACACUUUCCAAGGGUAGCUCGUCUCCCAAAAAGCGCCCAGACAGUGGGAGUUUUUAUCGCCGCCCCAAAUCUGCCGAAUAUUCUUUGCCCACGGGCUUCUCCAAAACCAUGACUCCAAAUGCAUCUACCACUUCCCUUUCCGCGACGGCGCGCGAUACAGCCAGCGAUCCGUCCGACUUUGUCCACUAUCUACGGGAGAUCCAGAAACCUGAGAUGGUAGAGAUUGGCAAGGUUCACAAGCUCCGACUGUUGUUGCGCAAUGAAACUGUCAGCUGGGUUGACAUGUUCAUUGCGGAUGGUGGCAUGGACGAGAUCGUCCAGUUACUUUAUCGCAUCAUGAAAGUUGAAUGGAGAGAGGAACAUGAGGAUAACUUGCUUCAUGAAACGCUGCUAUGUCUCAAGGCUCUUUGCACUACUUCUAUUGCCCUGGAGCAUCUCUCUCAAAUCGAAGGAGAGCUUUUCCCGGCCUUGCUCAAGAUGCUGUUCGAUGAAGACAAGAAAGGACCCAGUGAAUUUACUACCCGUGGCAUCAUUAUCAACUUGAUCUUCACACAGCUCUCGGCCGUGUCAUCGGAUGAGAUGGCUGCUGCUCGCGCCUCGCGAAUUCUAUCGUACUUGCGCGACCCUACGCCGCCAGAAGAAAACCAGCCACUGACCUUCAUUGCGGAUAUUUACCAGCCACGCCCUUACCGAGUCUGGUGUAAGGAGGUCACGAAUGUGAGCAAGGAAGUUUUCUGGAUUUUUCUGCAUCAUUUGAAUGUGAUUCCAACCCCGAAGGAUGAAACACCUUCAUCCGCAACGUACCGCGAGCGGCACUUCCCAACUCCCCGGCCGCCGGUACCUGCUGCACCCUAUGUCGGCGGUGUCGAAUGGGAUGCAACUAACUAUUUGGCGGCUCACCUGGACCUGCUGAACGGCAUUGUGGCAUCUUUGCCUACCACCGAAGAAAGGAACCAAUUGCGUGCCGAGCUCCGAGCCUCAGGGUUUGAAAAGGUCAUGGGUGGUACCUUGAGGACAUGCAAGGAGAAGUUCUAUUCCUCUGUGCACGACUGCCUCCGCACAUGGGUUGCCGCAGCCAUCGACGAUGAGUGGCCGCACUUGCUUGUACGAGAGGGGCCUCCCCGCCCAGAGAUCCGCUCGUCAUCCAAAUCCCCGGUCAAGGCAGCAGGUGGGAGUCCUAAAAAGGGUCUUCUGGAUGAGCAGCCUCCCAAGCUGGAGCUGGCGCUGGACGUCCCUGCCAGUACUGGAGCGCCUCAGAACGAUGGUAUUGGCAAUUGGUUGUAGGCCAUAGCCAUGAAUCAAUUUGUUGCCCGUGUGCGAUUAAUCUUUGCUCAGACUUCUCAC